UCUUAUUUGUGUUUCAUGCCAAACAUUAGUAAAGGUUACUUGUACUUAAGGAAGGACAAAAUAACUAGUUACAGUUUAUAGGCCUUCCAAUACCCUAGAACUAGAUUAUUUGAAGUUUAGAUUUAAAGCAUAUUGGUCAAUGAUUAAAUAGGAUUUUGUAGAUCAUUGAUAUCGUUUAUUUGUAGGCUACGUAACGUGACCAGGCUCUCUUUGACUCUACUCUGAGAAACCAGACGGGGGCAUUGUCUACCAAAAUAUGUCCCAAUCAUGAUGGAAAUCGUGGAUAGGCCUACUUUAAUUUUUAACCUUCUUAUGCAACCAAGCUAAGCCUAAUCAUGCACUUUAUUCACGAUGAUCUAAUAAUUGCUUCUAAAAUGAAGUGGGACUAGAACAUAAUUGUAAACUGCUGAUUUGAUUAAUUAUUUUUACUCGAAUUUAUCCUUGCACUUUUGGGGUUUUAUAUUCAUUGUUUAAUGCACUUAUUGUAAGUAACGUUGGACCAAGCGUCAGCAAAAACAUGGAAUGGAACGCAAAUAAGCAAAAAGAAGGAUGGGCGACAUCUGGUAAAAUAGUUAUAGCCACGUUUUGGCCAAAAUAGUUGAAUUGUUAUUCGGCUAUUUCACAACGUUACAUUGUCUCAGGAUCUACUAUUUGGUUAUCGGGGCAAUACAAAGCAAUCCCAGAGGAAGUGUAGCAGGGGUUCAGUGGGGGGUUUAGGGGUGUAAGCCAUGCCUCUCUGCGGACUCCGGGCCAUUGUCUAAAAGAGAGCGCGCUAUUUGCAAAAUAAAGGUGGUCAACUUGCCUCGGGCAUCCCGCUAUGAAGGGUUAAUAGUUUUUGUUUUUUUCGUUGUCGCUUAACUGGGAUUGCAUUGCAAUGUUCAAGUAUUAUCACUGGGGAUUGCUCUCGCGUAUUUGUGCAACGACGAGGGGUUGUGUCGUUUCCCAGACAGUCCUGCUGCUCCGCUGAUAGGCGGUCGGAAGCUGGUCGCUUCAAAUAGUCAGGCGAACAAUCCGGACUGGGGAGGAAAACAUUACAACGGGAUACGGAAGCAAGGAUUUGCAGAACAUUUAAUACCAAAACGGGACACAUGUUGAGCUAACGGCCCACCCCACCUCUCCACCCCUUGCUCCCAAUGCGUUUGUUUACUUGCUUAGGUCGCUUCCCGUUACUAAUUAUUUUGUAGAGAAAGCCAACAAAUUCCGUCUCCAGUCUCACAGGGCAGUCGUGUUGGGACGACCAUGGAUCUCAGUAAAAUGGCUGUCAGCAUCAAUAAAGCCAUCAACACACAGGAGGUCGCCGUCAAAGAGAAGCAUGCUCGGACGUGCAUCCUGGGAACGCACCAUGAGAGGGGAGCCCACACCUUCUGGGCGGCGGCCAACCGCCUGCCGCUGUCCAGCCACGCCGUCCUCUGCUGGAAGUUCUGCCACGUCUUCCACAAGAUCCUGCGCGACGGACACCCAAACGUGAUUAAGGAUUCCAUGAGGAACAAGGCUGAUUUGACAGACAUGAGCAGGAUGUGGGGUCACCUCAGCGAAGGCUAUGGGAAGCUGUGCAGCGUCUACCUCAAACUGCUCAUCACCAAAAUGGAGUUUCACAUCAAAAACCCCCGUUUCCCAGGCAACCUGCAGAUGUCCAACAGACAACUCGAUGAGGCGGGAGAGAACGACGUUAACAACUUUUUCCAGCUGACAGUGGAGAUGUUUGACUACCUGGAGCUGGAGCUUAACCUCUUUCUUGGCGUCUUCAGCUCCCUGGACAUGUCCCGGUCCGUGUCGGUGACAGCGGCGGGCCAGUGCCGGCUGGCUCCUCUGAUCCAGGUCAUCCUGGACUGCAGCCACCUGUACGACUACACCGUCAAGCUGCUCUUCAAACUGCACUCAUGCCUGCCAGCAGACACACUCCAGGGCCACAGAGACCGUUUCCAGGAGCAGUUUAAGAAGUUAAAGAGUCUGUUCUACCGCUCCAGUAACCUGCAGUACUUCAAGAAGCUCAUCCAGAUCCCACAGUUACCGGAGAACCCUCCCAACUUCCUGCGUGCGUCGGCGCUCUCGGAGCACAUCAGCCCGGUGGUGGUGAUCCCGGCCGAGUCCUCCUCUCCAGAGUCCGAACACGUGGUGGAGACAGAGGACCUGGUGGACAUGGAAGUCCCCUCACAGCCGGCUGCCGUUGAAACCAAGUUUGAUGACCUGUUUGGCACCUCGGCCGCUACGGACCCCUUCAACUUCAACAGCCAGAACGGCCUGCGCAAGGACGAGAAAGACCGUCUGAUUGAUCAGCUGACCAGGGAGAUCCAGGCCCUUAAGGAUGAGCUGGAGUCUUUUAGACUGGAGAGUGGCCGCCUGUGCCAGGCGCUGCGGGGGCGUGUCAACGAGCUGGAGGCGGAGCUGGCGGAGCAGAGUCACCUGAGGAUGCAGGCGUCGGGGGAGAGCGAGUUCCUGCGGGCGGAGCUGGACGACCUGCGGCGCGUCAGGGAGGACACGGAGAAGGAGCAGCGCAGCCUCACCGAGAUCGAGAAAAAAGCCCAGGCUAACGAGCAGCGCUACACCAAGCUGAAGGAGAAGUACACAGGCCUCGUCCAGAGCCACGCGGAGCUGCUCCGAAAGAACGCAGAGGUGACCCGGCAGAUGACGGUGGCACGGGCUGCGCAGGAUGAGGUAGAGGAGGUGAAGAAGGAGAUGCAGGAGAUGGUGAAGGCUUCCCAGGAGGCUUCAGACACACAGGAGCAGCAGCAGCUGGAGCAGCUGCAGGAGCUCCAGAGAGAGCUGGGCUCCAGCAGGGUGGAGCUGGACGCCCUGAAGACCACCAUGACGUCCUCCCAGCAGUCAAGUGAAGCCCAGAGUGUGCAGCUGUCCACCCUGGAGACGGAGAAGACGCAGCUCGCCCAGUCCCUCACUACAAAGGAGGCGGAGCUCACUACCCUGGGGGAGGAGCUACAGCAGGCUCAGAGCUCACUGGCCAGCGAAAGGGAGAGUGGGGUGAAGACGGCAGAGUCCCUCCAGAACCAACUCAACGAGAAGGAGAGCCGAGAGCAGGCCCUGGAGAGCGAGCUGGGGGCGUCCCGCUGGGCCAGUGUCCAGGGGGCGGUGCUGGAGGCAGAGAAGAUCAUCCAGGACUCCCUGCUCCAGAUCCAUCACCCGGCCCACCUCAGCUGCACCAGCUCUGCAGACUACUUGGUAUCGAGAUGUCAAGCCUCUCUGGACUGCAUCGACAGACUGAACUCUGCCAGAGAGUCCUUCCAGGCAGACAGCACAGGAGGCUCGGAGCUGGUGCGCGCCGUGACUCAAUGUGGCCACCUGGUGGGCGACACCAUCGUCCAGGGAAGCGCCACCUCUCACAUGGUCCCGGUGGAGCAGGCGGAAGCGCUGUCGGAGAAAGUCAAGGCGUGCGGGGCCGAGGCCCUGGCCCUUCUGGGGCCCAUGCGGGAGCAGGAGACCCUGUCCUCCGCAGACGGCUCCAGGCUGCGGGACGUCCUGCAGGGCAUUCUGGCCACGGCUGAGAAACUGCGUCCUCGGGGUCUAGAGCUGCAGCAGGGGGAGCUGGGAGAUCUGGUGGAGCAGGAAAUGGCAGCGACUUCUGCCGCGGUGGAAUCGGCCGCUUCCAGGAUAGAGGAAAUGCUGAACAAGUCCCGGGCGGUCGACACCGGUAUCAAGAUGGAGGUGAACGAGAGGAUCCUGGCUUCCUGUACAGAGCUGAUGCAGGCCAUCAAGGCCCUGGUGCUGUCCUCCAAGGACCUGCAGAGGGACAUUGUUGAGAGUGGACGGGGGGCGGCGUCCAUGAAGGAGUUCUAUGUGAAGAACUCCCGCUGGACCGAGGGCCUCAUCUCCGCCUCCAAGGCGGUGGGCUGGGGGGCCACAGUCAUGGUAGAUGCAGCAGACCUGGUGGUGCAAGGCAAGGGGAAGUUUGAGGAGCUGAUGGUGUGCUCUCAUGAGAUCGCCGCUAGCACUGCGCAGCUAGUGGCCGCGUCCAAGGUGAAGGCGGACAAGGACAGCGCCAACCUGCAGCGCCUGCAGCAGGCCUCGCGGGGCGUGGCCCAGGCCACCGCCGGCGUGGUGGCCUCCACCAAGUCGGGGAAGUCUCAGAUCGAGGAGACCGAUACAAUGAACUUCACCAGUAUGACGCUCACCCAGAUCAAACGCCAGGAGAUGGACUCACAGGUGCUGGUCCUGGAGCUGGAGACCCGGCUGCAGAAGGAGCGCGAGCGGCUAGGCGAGUUGAGGAAGAAGCACUACGAGCUGGCCGGGGUGGCAGAGGGCUGGGGCCAGGACGACCAAGGCACAGGUUGACCCCUGACCCCGUAUUCAACCGCAAGACUGGCCUUUCUUCCCCUGCCUACUUCCAUGUAUACACAGGCUCGACUUCCCCCCUUUUCUCUCUGUUUUCAUUUCAAGCCAAAAAGAAGGGUGCAUCUUUACUGCACCUGACCAGAGAGGUUCAGAGACCAAUGAGGGUUGGAACAGGGUGGGGCGGGGGGGGGGGAGGAGCAG